AUGGAAGACAUUUUACGAUCCACUUACACUGUAGACUGCCGUGAGAAGCGCUGUGAUUGGACGGAAGGACGGAAGCAUACCGACGAUGAGCAGCGCACGCAGGGCAGUAUUGCUGCUCGGCAGCCCGGGCUGUCGAGCGGGCGCCUCCUCGACGGCGUCAUCGAUGCUGCUGGGGCGGCGACUCAGCCUCGCAUCGACACGCUGCAGCAACAGCCGGCUUUCAGGCGGCGCAUCGCUUCGGAGCAGCCAGGUGGCCGGCCAGGCUCGACGGCAAUGGUUGAGCGGGAGUUCUCGGCUGCAGGCGGUCAGCGCGGCGGAGGCAGCGUGCGUGAAUUGGCGUUGGUGUUGGUGUUGGUGUUGUUGUGCAAGAAUAAGAACUUUUCUGACUUUCCCAGGCUAAAGGCGGCCCAGGAUGCCGCGGCGAACUUGACGGCAGAGUCGGUGGCAGCCAAGAUGGACCCGGCCGAGGCGAAGCGGCUGGCGAGCGUGCGGAACAUUGGGAUAGCGGCACACAUUGACAGCGGCAAGACGACGGUGACGGAGCGGGUGCUCUUCUACACGGGCCGGAUCAAGGCGAUCCACGAGGUGCGUGGACGCGACUCCGUCGGAGCCAAGAUGGACUCGAUGGAGCUGGAGCGCGAGCGGGGCAUCACGAUCCAGUCGGCAGCGACGUUCUGCGACUGGGUCAAGCGGGCGGACGACGGGUCGGGGGCCGAAGAGACGUUCCACGUCAACCUGAUCGACACGCCAGGCCACAUCGACUUCACGAUCGAGGUGGAGCGGGCACUACGCGUGCUGGACGGGGCCGUGAUGAUUCUGUGUGCCGUCAGCGGGGUGCAGAGCCAGACGAUCACGGUGGACCGGCAGAUGAAGCGCUACAACGUGCCGCGCAUCAGUUUUGUCAACAAGAUGGACCGCAUGGGGGCGAAUCCGUGGAAGGCGGUCGAGGGGAUCAACAGCAAGCUCAAGAUCGCGGCGGCCGCACUGCAGAUCCCGAUCGGGACCGAGAAGGAGUUUGAGGGUGUCGUCGAUCUGAUCCAUAUGCGGGCCAUCCGCAACCAGGGUCAGCGUGGCGUGAACAUGAAGAUCACGGACGAGAUCCCGGCCGAGCUGGUGGAACUGGCCCGCGAAAAGCGCCAGGAGCUGAUCGAGAAGCUGGCCGACGUGGACGACGAGAUGGCCGAGCUCUUCCUGGACGAGCAGGAGCCGACGCCGGCACAGAUCAAGGCGGCCAUCCGGCGGGCCACCAUCGGACUGCGCUUCACACCCGUGCUGAUGGGCACCGCUCUGGGCGACAAGGCCGUGCAGCCGAUGCUGGAUGCCGUGUGCGACUACCUGCCGAAUCCGGGCGAGGUGGCCAACACGGCACUGGACCGCGCACAGGCCGAGAAGAGCGUGCCGCUGGUGCCGUACAACUCGCUGCCUUUUGUCGGCCUGGCCUUUAAGCUGGAGGAGAACCCGUACGGCCAGCUGACGUAUGUGCGCGUGUAUCAGGGCACGCUGAAGAAAGGCACGUACCUCUACAACUCGCGCACCGGCAAGAAGGUUCGCAUCCCGCGCAUCGUGCGCAUGCACUCCAACGAGAUGGAGGACGUGGCCGAGGUCGGUGCCGGCGAGAUCUGCGCCGUCUUUGGCGUCGAGUGCGCCUCGGGCGACACCUUUACCGACGGCCAUCUGCCCUACACCAUGACGAGCAUGUUUGUGCCCGACGCUGUCAUGUCGCUGUCCAUCCGCCCGAAGCGCAGCAGCGAUGCCGACGCCUUCAGCAAGGCCAUGAACCGCUUCCAGCGCGAGGAUCCCACCUUUCGUCUGCACGUCGACGAAGAGUCGGAGGAGACCAUCAUCAGCGGCAUGGGCGAGCUGCAUCUCGAGAUCUAUGUCGAGCGCCUGCGCCGCGAGUACCGCGUCGACUGUGACGUCGGCCAGCCCCGUGUCGCCUACCGCGAGACCAUCUCGCGCCACGCCGACUUUGACUACCUGCUGAAACGCCAGUCUGGCGGCCCGGGCGACUUUGCCCGCGUCAUGGGCUUCAUCGAACCCAACAUCGAUCCGGCUGCCAGUCCCGACGACGGCGACGGCGAGGCCAACAAGACCGAGGCCAACAAGUUCGAGCAGCGCGUCGCCGGCGGCAACAUCCCCGACAAGUUCCUCUCCGCCUGCUCCAAGGGUUUCGAGAUCGCCUGCGCCAAGGGUCCCCUCCUCGGCCAUCGCGUCAUCGGCUCUCGCAUGGUCGUCAAUGAUGGAGCCACUCACGUGACCGACUCAUCUGACUACGCCUUCAGCCUCGCCACCCAGCUCGCCUUCCGCCAGGCUUUUGCUGCUGCCGGCGGCCAGGUUCUCGAGCCGCUCAUGCGCACUACCAUCACCGCCCCCAACGAGUUCCAGGGCAACCUGCUGAUGCUCAUCAACAAGCGCGGCACCGUCGUCGACACCGAGAUCGGCCCCGAUGACUUUACCCUCGUCGCCGACUGCUCCCUCAACGCCAUGUUCGGCUUCAGUACGGACCUGCGUGCCGCCACCCAGGGCAAGGGCGAGUUCUCCAUGGAGUUCUCCCACUAUGCCCCGGCCCCUCCUCAUCUGCAAAAGGAGCUCGUGGCCAAGUACGAGAAGGAGCUGGAGGCCAAGCGGACCAAGUAG